UUUUGUUAUAUAAAAUAAUAAACCCAUAAAAACUUCUCUUAAUUUCCCUCUCUCACUAUAUUGCUCCCUCACAACACCCAACCAUCUCUUCCUCUUCGUCUUUUUCUUCUUCUUCUUCUUCUUCUUCUUCUCUUUGAAUACUUUCUAGCAUGAAACUUCAGUUCUUUAGCCGUGUCCGCCGUUUUUUGCAAUCCAAAGCAGCCCGUAAAAGAUGUGGGGCGUCAUCUGAUCAUCUAGAAAAAUCCAGAACCAUGAACGUCAUAGAUAAAGAAGCAGAGGCCACCGAGGGAGAUCCGGAAGGUGAUCGUCCUCAAGAGGAUGACUCCGUGGUGUUGCAAAAAUCCGUUAAGAGACUUCACUUCGGAAGCUGGGAGGAAAAGGAGAAAGCGGCCAAGGAAAUAGAGAGACUAGCUAGAGAAGAUGUUAAGUCAAGGAAAUUGAUGGCGGAGCUCGGCGUCAUACAGAUGCUUGUGUCCAUGGCAGCCUCCGACGUGUCUGGCCGGCAACAGGCCGCCCUCAAGGCCUUGAUCGAGCUUGCAAACGGAACUUUCACGAACAAGGCACUCAUGCUAGAGUCAGGAAUUCUAUUAAAACUACCAAAGAGAAUUGAUGUUGGAGAAGAAUUGACAAAGGGUUUGUUUGCAGAAUUGGUAUUGUCAUUAUCUUCAAUAGCAAACACUCGAUUCUCGUUAGCCGCGGGUUCAUCUGAGAUUCUCCCUUUUGUCAUUGGAAUUCUGGGGUCAGACUCCAAGGCAGAAAUCAAAGAUUUGUGUUUAGGCACUCUGCACAACCUCUCUUCUGAGCUAGAAAAUGCUGGACCUUUGGUUUCCAAUGGGGCAGUGCACACACUCUUAAGCCUUUCCUCAAUCAAACAACUCUCUGAAAAAUCCCUUGCAACAUUAGGGCACUUGGUGGUGACAUUAAUGGGAAAGAAGGCAAUGGAAGAUAGUUCAAUGGUGCCAGAGAGCCUAAUAGAGAUUUUAACAUGGGAUGAUAUGCCAAAAUGUCAGGAAUUAUCAGCUUAUAUUCUGAUGAUUUUAGCUCAUCAAAGUUCCACGCAGCGUGAGAAAAUGGCUAAAGCAGGGAUAGUCCCUGUGCUUCUUGAAGUAUCCUUGUUGGGAAGUCCUCUAGCUCAAAAGAGGGCAAUGAAGCUGUUGCAAUGGUUUAAGGAUGAAAGGCAAGAAAGGAUGGGGCCACAUUCUGGGCCACAAACAGGAAGGAUUAUUGCGAUGGGGUCUCCAGUGAAUCCAAGAGAGGCGCAGGAAGGGAAGAAGAUGAUGAAAAGUUUGGUGAAGCAGAGUCUGCAUAAGAACAUGGAAAUGAUUACACGACGAGCCAAUGCAGCUGCUGAGUCGUCUAAGCUGAAGUCCUUAGUCAUCAGCACAAGUUCUAAGAGUUUGCCUUAUUGAGUAUUUUUCAUCAUUUUUUUUUUAGUUCAAUUAGGGAUGCAAUUUUUUUGCACGAAGGGAUGCAUUUCUUGUGCAGUAGUAGCUCAUGGUUGUAUAUCAUUACUAAUAAAAUUACAAUUUUCAGUAAAUGGAGGAAAACAAU